AUGAACAUAUUCAAAAUCGAGUACCUCAUGAAGGACAUGACGGCCGAGAUGAUAUAUAAUCGCUUCAACGACAGUGGCGUCUCCGAUAACUGCUACAAUAGUACCAAUGCGUCGCCCGGAUGUGUCCACCGACAGACACCGUCGCCGGUCGACAGUGGUCUAGAGAUUUUACCGAGCACGACAAUUCUAAAUCCGGCGACGGUGUCGGAGCCGACGAAGCCGACGCACUCCUACAUCGCGCUCAUUUCCAUGGCGAUCCUGAGCGUCCCGGAGCGCAAGAUGCUCCUCUGCGACAUCUACCAGUACAUCAUGGACACGUUCGAGUACUACAACAACGAGGAGAAGCCCUGGAGGAACAGCAUCCGCCACAACCUGUCCCUUAACGAGUGCUUCAUCAAAGCAGGCCGAUCAGAUAAUGGAAAGGGUAACUUCUGGACCAUUCAUCCCGCCUGUAUCGACGAUUUCGCACGCGGAGACUUCAGAAGGCGCCAGGCAAGGCGUCGAGCAAAGAAGUGCAUGAAGAUCGUAUCUGGUCAUCAGAUGGGACGCUCGGCUUACAACAUUAACGUCGGCUACGUUCCAAUGACGUCAUCGCGCAUUGCCUACCACCCUUACAGCAACGCGGCGUCAAUGAGCGUGUCGGAAAAUCCCAUCAUGAGUGACAAAUAA